UAACUGUCAUUUUUAACGGCUUUUCUGUUCUCUCUCUGUGUGAGAAGGAGAAUGGCUGCUGAGAGAGGCUUCUCAGGAUCCUGGGGAGGACAGUGUUGUGUCCGUGUGACCUGUCUGAAGUGAAAAGGACAGAGGAAGAUCGCCAAACGUUAAUAGGGAGAAACCUGUGCAGGGGGUCUCUGUAAGGAAGAGUGAGGAUCUACCUCAGGAACAAGCUGGGGGCAGGGGGUGACGAUCUACAUCAGAAACAAUCCAUCAGGGAGGAGACCAGCAGUGCCUCCUAUUCUCCAAGAGGUCGCUGUAGAGGCGCCAUCCUGGGAGGAGAUGUUGAGGAGGCAGCAGGACUGGCCUCUAAGGAGUGUGCUGCAGCCAUUGCUGCCACAAUGACAGCAGCAGCAGAUGAUGUAUUCCUUGGAAGGCAGAUCUGCUGCCACUGUAGAUGCUGUCGCCUGAGGUGGCUGCCUCAUAUUGCCUCAUGGGAGGGCCGGCCCUGGCUACGCCUACUCUAGCAGAUGAGUGCCGUCCAACAAUUCAGGGCCAAAAAGUUCCUACCUAGCAACCUGGCUUCCCCGACAUCCUCCUGUGUAGUUUCCAUGGAAGAAUCAAACUCUACAGCGGCAUCUGGUGGGGUUCCUUCUGUCUUGAAGGAAUUUGCCACCAUCUCUUCAAAAGGUUUCCCCGCCCCUUUCCUCCUCGCAUGAUUACGCAACCGCAAGAGUAUUUGCGGCGCGCGCGGGAUUCGAACCCAGCUCCUGGCGGAGAUGCAAUCGGCUGGACUUGCUUGGACGUUUCUGCGGACAGCUGCUCUCCGUUCCCUCCCCGUGGACUCAAGGGGUUAAGCGGAGAGAGCCGCCUGUUCCUAGAGAGGAUCAGAUAAAGAUAUGAGAGAUGGGGAAGUGCAAAAAGGAAAAAAGCGAACCUCCUUCCUGUGUGUUCCCCCCUCCUCCGCCCCUUUCUGGAUUUGGGGGGAUUUAACGCCGCCUUGCAGAAAUUUGGGGUUUGCAGGAUUCGCAGAGGCUGCAAUGCAAAGGCUGCAAGGAGCGGCCUUUUCUCUUCCUGAACCUGACAUGCUCUCUCGACUCGACCCUGGAGAAGACCCAUGGGUUCCGGAUCUUUCCGUCAAAAAGGAGAGGGAGAUUCCGUUGGACGGUGGAGAAGAGUUUCCUGAUGUGAUCAUGAAGGUAGAACAGGAAGAGGAGCUGUGGCUUCCGGAGAAAUUGGAUCAAGGAGCGAAUCCACUGAACUCCUCUCUCCAGGAAAGAGAAACGGUUUCCUCGGGGUUUUCUGCUGUGAUAAUCAAGAAGGAAGAAGAUGAUGAGCUUUGGGUGGUGUAUCACCAGGGCUCUGAGGAAAACGAAACACCCCCACCUGCCCACUCAGAAGAGGGCCAUGGAAAAAGAUGCACGGAGGAGAAAGAGAACAAAUGCUCUGACUGCGGGAAAAGCUUCACGCAGAGGUCUAGCCUCGUCCGACACGAGAAGACGCACACAGGAGAGAAGCCCUAUGAAUGUGCCGAGUGCGGGAGGAGCUUUAGCCAGAGGUCGAUCCUGACCCGGCACGAGAGGACCCACACGGGAGAGAAGCCAUACAAAUGCUCAGAGUGCGGGAAGAAUUUCCGCCACAAGUCGGCGCUUCUGAGGCACGAGAAGAUGGAGGCCGGGGAGAGGCCGUACGAAUGCUCUCACUGCGGAAAGGGCUUCAUCCAGAGGUCCAACUUCCUCAUCCACGAGAGAAUCCACACUGGCGAGAAACCGUACCUGUGCUCGGACUGCGGGAAAAGCUUCGUCCAGAGGUGGCACCUGCUCGUCCACGAGAUGACACAUAAGCCUGAGCAGCCCUACCAGUGUACGAAGUGCGGGAAGAGAUUCAACCACAGCCUCAACCUCGUUGUUCACGAAAGGAGCCACGUGGGGGAGAAGGUGUACCCGUGCCCAGACUGCGAGAAGAGCUUCACGCAGAGGUCGAGCCUCGUACGGCACAAGAAGACCCACACGGGGGAGAAACCGCACAGGUGUGCCGAGUGCGGGAGGAGCUUCAGUCAGAGGUCGAUCCUGACCCGGCACGAGAGGACCCACACGGGAGAGAAGCCGUACAAAUGCUCAGAGUGCGGGAAGAAUUUCCGCCACAAAUCGGCGCUUCUGAGGCAUGAGAAGAUGGAAGCCGGGGAGAGGCCGUACAAGUGCUCUCACUGCGGAAAGGGCUUCAUUCAGAGGUCCAACUUCCUCAUCCACGAGAGGACCCACACGGGCGAGAAGCCCUACAAAUGCGCCGAGUGCGGGAAAGGCUUCGUUCAGAGGUCGCACCUUCACGCUCACGAGAUAAUGCACAAGGAAGAGGAGUCCUUUCAGUGCUCAAAGUGCGGGAAGAGGUUCAACCACAGCUUGAGCCUCGUCAUCCACGAAAGAAGCCACACGGGAGAGAAACCGUACCCGUGCUCUGCUUGUGGGAAAAGCUUUGUUGACAAAUCGAGCCUGGUCAGACACCAGAGGGCCCAUCGAGGAGAGAAGCCAUAUGCGUGCUCCGACUGCGGGAAAAGGUUCAGCUAUAGGUCGGCCCUCCUCAGGCACAAGAAGACCCAAGCAGGAGGGAAGCCAUAUUGGUUUUCGGCCUGUGGAAAAAGUGUCAUCCAGAAAUUGAAGCACCUCGCGCACGAGAGACCUCACAACGGAGAGAGCCUGUACAAGUGCGCUUACUGUGGCCGGGCCUACAACUUGAAGUACAAGCUCCUCAUCCACGAGAGAGCCCACACCAGGAAGAAACCUUACCAGUGUUUGGAGUGCGAGAAGAGCUUUGGCCAGAGAUCCAACUUCAUUGUGCACCAGAGGACCCACACAGGGGAAAAGCCCCACAAGUGCUCCGACUGCGGGAGGUGCUUCAAUGACGGGCGCAACCUCGUGAAGCACAAGAAGACCCACACGGGAGAGAAACCUUACCGGUGCCGCCCCUGCGGGAAAAGCUUCACGAACAAGUCGAGCCUCGUCGUGCACGAGAGGACUCACACCGGAGAAAAGCCGUACGGGUGCUCCGGUUGCGGGAAAGGCUUCACCAGCAAAUCGAGCCUGGUUAAGCACGAGAGAACUCACACGGGGGAGAAGCCGCAUGCUUGCACGGACUGUGGGAAAAGCUUCGUUCAGAGGUCGAACCUCCUCAGGCACGAGAGGACCCACAAAGGGGAGAAAACGAAUCCGUCCUCCGACGGUGGGGAAAGUUCCGGCGGCGACUCAGCCCUGACUAGAGAUGUAGGGGCCCAGGCGGAAGAGAAACCCUAUAAAUGUUCCGAGUGCGGGAAAAGCUUCCACGAGAGACGGAACCUUGUCGUUCACGAGAGGACGCACACGGGGGAGAGGCCGUAUAAGUGCGCUCACUGCGGGAAAACCUUCACCAACAAAACGACUCUCGCCGUCCACAAGAGAACUCACACAGGGGAGAAGCCGUACGGAUGCCCCCGCUGUGGGAAAAGCUUCCCUUACAAGUCGAGCCUGAUCAAACACGAGAGGACCCACACGGGAGAGAAGCCCUACAAGUGCUCCAGCUGUGGGAAAGGGUUCAACCAGAGCGCCAACUUGCUCGCGCACGAGAGGACCCACACGGGAGAGAAGCCGUUCAAAUGCUCGGACUGCGGGAAAAGUUUCGGCGACCGGUCGAAUCUGAUCAGGCACCAGAAAAGUCACACCGGAGAGCAACUCUAGAAAGACUCGUGCUUUGGUAGGGUAGGAAGAAACCUCACAGCGGAUUAUUUCCUGCUAGGUGCCAUAGGAAACAAUGCAGAAUAUACCACGACAGGCUUUAUCUUCCCGUUGGGUCAUGUGAUAGAGCUUUUUCUGGGCUGUACAAUUUUACACUGCUGUGGGGUAUUCACAUAGUUGAACAUUCCCUAAUUUGGGGACAGGAUCUUCCUGCACAUAGAGAAUUAGCACAUCAAUAAAAGGAACUUGGGCAUGUUA